AAUGCCUAAAAAUUGUUUUGCUUGCUUGAUCUAACUUUUAAGUUACUUAGAACAAAAGCCUACGAGUAAAAAUAGUUUUUCAUUGUCCCUCUUGUCCAUUGAUGGUGCUGAUGGGCGAGAAUAUCUUACUUAUAGAAUAGACGUAUGUAUUUUUUGUGGAAACCAUUACGAAUGCUUUGCACCUGCUUAUUUUCAUGUCAAAGGUCGUCCCAAUAUCACAAGUGAUGAUAGUAACAAAGUUGUGAUCACAGGUAAUAUUGAUAAAGACAUUCAUUUAUUACCAACCGGAGAAGAUAUCCAACUUGCAACAGAAGAAGGUGAUUGUUAAUAGAACUGGCUGUGCUAGAAGUGAAGGCUAUAAUGGUAUAAGGUCGGAGUCAGACAUGUUCAGUUUCCUAAUGUCCCAAUGGAGGCCUGAUCCUCCUAAACCUGAUCCAGAGGCACUUGACAUGGCAGUGAUACAAGCUGAAUGUCAGGGAAACAGCAAUACUCAUCAUCAGCCUCAGAAUGAUGUCCCCGUUGCUAUGCAUUACCGGGCGUGUCAAUGGAUGUAUCGUGAGAAUGUGGGCGUGUUUGGUUCCCAUAUUCAUGGGCUGGGCCUGUUCUGUCUCCAGGAGAUUGACUCCGGUGAUAUGGUCAUUGAAUACGCUGGUACUGUAAUACGAUCAACCCUCACUGACUAUCAGGAACGGUUCUACGAGAGUAAAGGUAUUGGGUGUUAUAUGUUCCGUAUUGACAGUGAUGAAGUGGUGGACGUGACAAUUAUGUCCGGAAACAUGGUUCGAUUCAUUAAUCAUUCUUGUGAGCCAAAUUGUUACAGUAAAGUUGUGGCAGUUGAUGGACAGAAGAUUAUGAUAUUUGCUCUUGAGACG